AGCCUGCUAACCCCUAAUUCCGUUCCGCGAAGGUCGGCAUAAAUCUACCUUACAGCCUUUGACGCUCUUUCUCUACCAAUGGCUUCUUCUUCGGCGGCGGUGGUCGGAACGGCAGCGUUCAACCUUUCGGCCACCAGAAACAAAGACAUGCUUACCUCCAAGUCGUCCCGCAUUCUUUCCCCGUUCCCCAAAACCCUCACUCCUUUCCAAUCCUUCCCAAUUCCUGCCAUUCACUCCCUCCACCAUCGCUCCAUCUCCGCUGAAUUCUCCACAGAACCUCCGCCAUCAACAACCCUACCGCCCCCAUCCCAUCGCUUCUCCUUUAACGAACCACGCAAAGGUGCUGACGUCCUCGUCGAAUCUUUGGAACUUGAGGGCGUUACAGAUGUCUUCGCCUACCCGGGUGGCGCUUCCAUGGAGAUCCACCAAGCCCUAACCCGUUCCCCGUCCAUUAUUAACCACCUCCUCCGCCACGAACAAGGCGAGAUCUUCGCCGCCGAAGGCUACGCCCGCUCCACAGGACGCCCUGGAGUCUGCAUCGCCACUUCCGGCCCCGGUGCCACCAAUCUCGUCAGCGGUCUCGCCGAUGCGCUUCUCGAUUCUGUUCCCCUAGUUGCCAUCACGGGCCAGGUCCCUCGCCGCAUGAUCGGCACCGACGCGUUCCAGGAAACGCCUAUCGUCGAGGUAACCCGAUCCAUCACCAAGCAUAACUACCUUGUCCUUGACGUCGAGGAUAUACCUCGUGUGAUAAAGGAAGCGUUUUUUUUAGCGCGAUCAGGCCGACCCGGUCCUGUUCUUGUAGACAUCCCUAAAGACAUUCAGCAGCAGCUCGUUGUCCCUUGCCGGGACCCUCCGCUCCGUCUUCAAGGUUAUCUCUCUCGUCUCCCGAAACCUCCUCAAAAGAAUUUCAUUGAACAGGUGUUGCGCGUGGUGUCUGGGUCACGCCGCCCGGUUCUCUAUGUUGGGGGAGGGUGUGGCAACGCUAGCCCAGAACUUCGACGUUUUGUUGAGCUUACGGGGAUUCCUGUGGCCAGUACACUGAUGGGUCUCGGCGUCUACCCUACCGACGAUGGUCUCUCUCUGAAAAUGCUUGGAAUGCAUGGCACUGUGUAUGCUAACUAUGCUGUGGAUAAGUGCGACCUUCUUCUUGCAUUUGGAGUGAGGUUUGAUGACAGAGUUACUGGAAAGCUGGAGGCUUUUGCAAGCCGGGCUAAAAUUGUGCACAUUGACAUUGAUCCCGCGGAGAUUGGAAAGAACAAGCAGCCCCAUUUAUCCAUAUGUGCUGAUAUGAAGCAGUCGCUAGAAGCUUUAAAUUCUUUGAUUCAGGAAACAGGUUUGGAUAAAAAACUCAACUUUUCCCCAUGGAGGGAGGAGCUGGAUCAGCAGAAGAAAACUUAUCCCUUGAGCUACAAGGAAUUCGCAGAGGCAAUUCCUCCACAAUAUGCAAUUCAGAUGCUCGAUGAGCUGACAAAUGGCGAGGCAAUCAUAAGCACUGGUGUUGGACAGCACCAGAUGUGGGCUGCACAGUACUACACGUACAAGAGGCCUCGCCAGUGGUUGUCCUCAGCUGGAUUGGGGGCAAUGGGUUUUGGGCUUCCUGCGGCAGCUGGUGCCGCAGUUGGAAAUCCUGGUGUUACCGUUGUCGACAUUGAUGGAGAUGGAAGCUUUCUUAUGAAUAUCCAGGAGCUGGCGAUGAUUCAUAUAGAGAACCUUCCUGUAAAGGUCAUGGUGUUGAAUAACCAGCAUUUAGGCAUGGUUGUUCAGUGGGAGGAUCGUUUUUACAAGGCCAAUAGAGCACAUACAUACCUGGGUGAUCCUUCAAAUGAGACAGAGAUAUACCCCGAUCUUGUAGCUAUUGCAAAGGGCUUCAAGAUACCUGGAGCUCGUGUGACUAAAAAGAGCCAAGUGAGAGAAGCUAUAAAGGAGAUGCUGCAGACCCCAGGUCCUUACUUACUGGAUAUCAUUGUGCCGCACCAGGAGCAUGUCUUACCCAUGAUCCCAAGUGGAGGUGCAUUUAAAGAUGUGAUCACUGAAGGAGAUGGAAGAACACUUUAUUAGGCUAGUAGUUUUCAUCUAUGCUAGGUAAUCAGAUGCACUUAUUUAUGUCGUCAAACAUCUAGAUCGAUCAAUCAAUGUUUGGCAUGCUGUUCAUGCUGUUAGUAGUUGGUACAUGUAAGCUUGUUAGGUCAUGCAGUUCAUGCUGCAGUACUUGUUUGAGAUGCAAGAUUUUGUUUUCCUAGUUCUAUUUUUAUCCAACUUUCUUCUUGUUGGCUUCCUUCUACAGUUGCUUUCAGGGAUUUUGUCUGUUUACGAUGCAGGUUGAAUGAAAAAUUAAAAGUUACUUUGCA